AUGGCGACGGGCCUCCACCUCACGGCGGCAGCAGGAGUGCCGGUGAGUGCAUGUUGGCCGCAGGGUGAGUGCACGAGAGGCAUAAGCGCUCGUGCGAUGCUGCAGUGCCUUCAAUGCUGCAUUGCCUUUAAGAGGAGCCAAGAGGAGGGACAGCAAUGCCCUUCACGCAUGAUAGCAGCGCCAGGAGACUGCAGCGCCCUUCACGCAUGGUACGCCGCUCUCGUGCUUUACAUUCGACUCGUGCGGCGAGGAGGGCGAGGGGGCAGCGCGCGGGGGGCAGCAAGAGGCGUCCCUAUGCAUAAUCCCCCCUUCCAUUCCCUUCAGCAUGGCGGGCAGCGCGGAGACGACACGGCGGCCGGCACGGACGGAGGUGACGUGCUGCUUCAUCGCUGCAGCAAGGUAUCCUUCUUCCCUUGUCCGUUUCCGCAUUGCUUUCUUUCAGCUUUUCGCAUUACAUUCGACUCGUGGGGCGAGGAGGGCGAGGGGGCAGCGCGCGGGGGGCAGCAAGAGGCGUCCCUAUGCAUAAUCCCCCCCUUCCAUUCCCUUCAGCAUGGCGGGCAGCGCGGAGACGACACGGCGGCUGGCACGGACGGAGGUGACGUGCUGCUUCAUCGCUGCAGCAAGGUAUCCUUCUUCCCUUGUCCUCGACUCGUGCGGCGAGGAGGGCGAGGGGGCAGCGCGCGGGGGGCAGCAAGAGGCGUCCCUAUGCAUAAUCCCCCCUUCCAUUCCCUUCAGCAUGGCGGGCAGCGCGGAGAAGACACGGCGGCCGGCACGGACGGAGGGUCCAAGACCGAAGACCGCCCCCGACUGCGGCAUAGGUGUUGUGCGGCAGGGGUGGCUGACGGCGUUGGGUCGGACGCGGCCCGCGCCUGA